ACAGAGAAAAGCAUCAAAUUCUGACAUUUGAAAAGACUGAACCAGACAGUUUGGCUUUUAAAAAUACAUUUUUUAAAUGUUGCAUUAUCAGUUUCCCAGUAGUCACAAAGACGAUGAUGCAAACCACAGUCAUUUGGAAAUGAUCAUUACCCCUCGUGUGUCCGGUGAUUAUGAAGACAGCAGCCUGAAUUGACUGUUUAUGUCAGCGCAGUUACUGGUCAACAGCCUACACACUUCACCCCUCCAUGCCCCUGCAGUUGGCACUGACACACUCCAGCAGUAAACCACUUUUAUCCUGUCUGGUGUUUACUAGAAGCCACCAGCCUCCCCCCUUCCUCUGAGCUGGUGGGAAUUCACCACUAUCUUUAAGUGGGUGGCAUCUGGGUAUGUGGGGCUGAUAACAGAGGCAGAGGUUACUGGCUGUCAUGUCUUGAAACGUGAGCUGUAUCACAGGCUUGUGACAGGUUAGUGGGAGAGCCCUGACCAGAGGGCUACUCAUCUUCUAAAUCUCGCCACUGGAUCUAUGAGGUGUCACGUCUUAAAAUAGUCCAGUAGGGAGUAUAAAGAGACCCACAGGGAGGCCUGGCCUUCAGAGGAACAGCUCCACUGUCGAUACACAGGAGACACUGGACGUCUAGAGAGCCACGCUGAGAAGAACUGACUGAUCUUUCUGCAGGACAACACCUGACUUCUCAUAUUUUUAAGAGAAUCUGCUCUGACUUUUAGGGCUUGAAGGGAGUCAAUUUAAUUGUUGUAGGGGUUUUGCUGGAAUUUGCCAGUUUUUCUGCAAGAACAAAGGGAAGUCUAACUGAGUAGGAUGAAAUACUAUCAGUGCCCCGUGUCCCAGACCAUGGGAAUCAAGGCUUACACCAAGGACUGUGGUGUCCCAGUCAGCUGCAAGAGCUCUGCUUCUCUGAAGCCCAUCCGCAGUGUCCACUUCCCCAAUGACAUCGUUUUCCAGGACUAUGUACGACACGGCGAGCUGGAGAGGAUUGGACGUUUCAUCCGAGCCAGGAGAGUCAACCUGGACACCAUCUACCACUCUGGCAUGGCCGCCAUUCAUGAGGCCGUCCUGUCUGGGAACCUGGAGUGUGUGAAGCUACUGGUCCACUACGGAGCAGAUAUCCACCAGAGAGACGAGGAGGGAUGGACCCCACUGCACAUGGCCUGCAGCGACAGUUUCCCACACAUUGCACGCUAUCUUCUCUCACUGGGUGCUGAUCCAGAGCUGGAGAAUGACUGCGGGGAGAGGCCGGCUGACCUCAUCGACCCCGACAACAAGGAGCUACUGGAGCUCUUCGGGCUGGCAGUCAAUGACUGAAAACACUUGGCUUUUAAAGCCACAUACCGGUCUAAAACCUAAUUCCCAGUUGUCCGACUGCUCUGCAGUAAUGGGACAGAAUAAGACACAUCAGAUUCCUGAUUUUGUGACUCGCCUCAGGUCAGGAGGUCAAGGACCGUGGAUUUCUGGUGGAUUGAGGGCUGACAGAGCUGGUUGGCUGCCUGAGGGAGUGAACGUUGGACGGUAGGGGAUCUCCUCUGAUCUCCAGCCGUACAGAUUUCCUGUGUCCUGUAAGAGCUUCAAAGCCUUUUAUACUGCAGUGAACUGAGUCAAUCAUUUGAUUUUAUGUUGCUGAUUUUAUUUGGCAUGUCACUGGAAUUAAGAGGGCUUCUGAAUGUUGUGAAACCGGAAGCUGUUCUUGCCGCUCAGCUCAUUAGUGCCUCUCUGACAGCAUGCCCUCCUCUGUAUGCUACGAUUAGAAAAACCAAACAGGCUUGGGUUGUAUGCCUUAUUUACACAUUUGUUUCCUGUUGAUCAGACGUGUUUUUUGUUUAUUCUUGCCUCUUGAGAAGUUUCAGUUAAUUAACUGUAUUCAUUUGUACUUGUUUGUAUAUGACUUUUUAUACUUUUCUUUUUUUAAAUAAA